UUAUGAGUACUUUAGAUACGUUGCUCAAAAAUCUUUUUGGUGCAUCUGAAGAGAUCGAGUGGCAAUUACUUAAGUAAAUUCAAAGAUGGGUCAAAAUCAAAUGCAAAACCAAUGAAACCAAUUCACACUCCAUGACUGAUCAGGAACGAUCUCACUCUGUUACUCUUCCCAAAGGUGAAAUCAAGGACCUCUUGCCACCCAAUAGCCUCACAGCCUCUGAUCAGCUGGUACUGGUAAAUGCCAUCUCCUACAGAGGGACCUGGAAGUAUGCAUUUCAGAAAGACCAAACCACAGCAAUGGCUUUCAGGCUGGACGAGUCCCAGAGCAAGUCUGUUCAGAUGAUGCGGCUGCAAGGACUCCUGAAACUGGGCUCCAUCAAGGAGCCUCGGGUGCAGGUCCUUGAGAUGCCGGAUGCAGAGGAUCACCUGAGUAUGGUCAUCGUCCUACCCAGCGAGGACGUCGGCCUGGGACAGGUUACCAGGGAAAUCACUUACGAGAAACUAAAUAACUGGUUAGGCUCAGCCAACAUGAAAGACGCAGCUGUGGUUCUGCACCUGCCCCGGCUCCGACUCGAUGGGUACCAUGAAGACCUGACUUCCAUUCUGGCAGCUCUGGGAAUGACUGAUGUCUUCGAUCUCUCACGGGCUAACUUGUCUGGCGCAACUGCAGGAGGCGGCCUCGUGGUCUCCAAGAUAAUCCAUAGGGCCACGCUGGAGGUUACUGAGACUGGCUCAGAAUCCACGUUUACCAACCAAACAAGCAAAGUGGAAAAUCCUGAAAUCGUCAAGGUGGAUCGUCCUUUCCUCUUGUUUAUCCUACACAAGGAAACUAAGAUGAUUCUCUUCUACGGCAGAGUCUCCACCCCUUCAGGAAGGAACUGAAUUUAUACUCAAACCACCUUCCGAUUCCUCAAAUUAGCUGGAUUUUAUGAGUUUGUAGACAACACUCUGUGAAGGUACAGCUAAAAGAGAUACUCCUUUGCUUCUUGGCAAUGGUUUCCUUUCAGCUAUCUCGUGUAGAA